AUGUUAGAAAUAAAUGAAAGUCAAUUCCCUAUAUAAAGGGUAGUUUCAAUCAUUAUUAUAACACAAGUGUUUAAGACAACAUAUAAGAUAGACAAGUAAUUGUCUCAUUGCCAACAUAUCAACAUGAAAUUAUUGAUUUGCUUGAUGCUGAUUGCAGCAGUAUUUGCUGAAGAUGAUAAAAAUGUUAAAAAACGUGGUUUAAGCUAUGGUUUAGAUCUUGGUUUAGGCUAUGGUGGUUAUGGAAGUUACGAGGGUGAAUACUCUGGUUUGAGUGAAUACUCUGGUUAUGCUGAACAUGCACCAAUUGUUAAAACACAAAUUGUUACAAAAACUGUUCCUGUUGCUGUACCAGUACCAAAACCAUAUCCAGUCAAGGUUGCUGUUCCAUACCCAGUUGUUAAAACCCAAACAGUUCAUGUACCAGUUGAUCGUCCAUACCCAGUUCCAGUCGACCGUCCAUACCCAGUCAAGGUCGCUGUCCCAGUCCACGUUGACCGUCCAGUCCCAUACCCAGUCAAGGUUGCAGUACCAGUUGUUAAAACCCAAACUGUUCACGUACCAGUCGAUCGUCCAUACCCUGUUAAAGUUGCUGUACCACAACCAAUUUACAUCAAAGAAAAAGUACCAGUUGCUGUACCAGUCAAGUCUUAUGGAAGCUAUGCAAGCUAUGGACACAGUGGAUACGAUAGUUACUACUAAAUAUUUUAAUAUGUAGUAAUAUGUCUUUGAUCUAUCAUGCAAUAACUUUUUUUCUCUUCCUAUACUUUUUCUUAAUUUUAUUAUUUACAAUUUUUUAUUUCCAUCCAUAUCACUCAUUGCAAUGAAAACACAAAAAAAAAAAACAAGAAAAAACACCAAA